AUGUGGACGUCGCCGCCAGUGCUCUCGCUCCUGUCUGUUGUAUUCUUCUAUGGAUGCAAGUGCGCUUCAGGGUUCGUCUGCCCGAGGAUCUGCCGCUGUUUCUCCAACACAAUCAGAUGUAACAAUGUGACAGAAGGAUCAGCGCAGACGAUAAGCAGCAGGGAUAAAAGACUAUUUCUCUAUCACUUGCCGUUGCACACGAUCACUAGCCAUUCUUUUGAGGGUUUGAAAAGAGUCCAGAGAAUUGAGAUUGCUCAGAGUGUGACCCUGGAAAACAUUGAGGCAUUAGCGUUUAACAACCUUCUCAACCUCUCUGAAAUCUCAAUCCAGAACACCAGGAGUCUCAUGCACAUUGGCAGAAGGACAUUUAACAACCUUCCCAAACUACAUUACUUGAGCAUCUCAAAUACUGGGAUGAAAGUUUUUCCUGAUAUUACAUCCAUCAAUUCUCUUGAAUCAGAGUUUAUCUUGGAUAUCUGUGACAAUCUGUAUCUACUGGAAAUACCUCCAAAUGCUUUCGCUGGCUUGACAAAAGAAUACGUAACAAUGAACCUGUACAACAACGGCAUCAGAGAGAUACAUGACCACGCCUUCAACGGGACAAAGAUAGAUAAACUGGUGUUAAAGAAUAAUCGAAAUCUCAGAGUGAUCCACAGAGAUGCUUUCAAAGGAGCCACGGGCCCUGGAGUCUUGGACGUGUCUGCAACAGCUCUUACAAAGUUACCACCACAGGGACUGGAGUCAGUGCUGGUGUUGUUAGCUCAGUCAACGUACGGCCUGAAGAGUCUUCCUCCUCUGCAGGGACUGUGGAGCCUACGAGAAGCCCAUCUCACCUACAACAGUCACUGCUGUGCACUGCUGAGCUGGAACAUCCACAGGGACCUUCCCAUUAAUCCUGCAUGGAGUAAUGGCUCUACAUACUGUGAUGAGAGUGACCCAUCGGCAAGUGUUCAGCGUGCAAUUGGAGGUUCAGCAGACACAACCCUACUUAUAGAUGUGCCAUUUUUCUCAGAUGCCGAUCUGUUUGUUGAGGAUGAAGGCUUUGGAAACGUGAAUUUCCACUAUCCAGAACUGGACUUCUGUCAGACCCGACCGACUUUGGUUUGCACGCCUGAAGCAGAUGCUUUUAAUCCCUGUGAGGACAUCGCAGGCUUCAGUUUUCUCAGAGUUGCCAUUUGGUUCAUCAACAUCCUGGCCAUCACAGGUAACCUGACGGUGCUCCUGGUCACUUUCACCAGCCGGACCAAGCUGACGGUGCCUCGCUUCCUCAUGUGCCACCUUGCUUUUGCAGACCUCUGCAUUGGGAUCUACCUUCUGAUGAUAGCUACAGUUGACUUGCGCACACAUGGCCACUACAGUCAGCAUGCUAUUGAAUGGCAGACAGGGCCUGGCUGUAGUGCUGCAGGAUUCCUGUCUGUGUUUGGUGGGGAGCUGUCAGUCUACACGCUUUCCAGCAUCACUCUGGAGCGCUGGCACACCAUCACCAAUGCUCUACAGGUAGAGCGCCGUCUGGUACUGACACAGGCAGCAAGUAUAAUGGCAGCUGGCUGGCUCAUCUGUCUAGGGAUGGGCAUACUGCCCCUGGUUGGUGUGAGCAGUUACUCCAAAGUCAGCAUGUGCUUACCCAUGGACAUAGAGACGCCUCUGGCUCAGGUCUUCAUCAUAAUUAUCCUGCUCAUCAACGUGGCUGCCUUUGUUGUCGUGUGUGUUUGUUACGUGCUGAUCUAUCUGGCUGUAAAGAACCCAGAGAUCCCUGGAAGAAGCGCCGACACCAAGAUUGCAAAACGCAUGGCUGUGCUCAUCUUCACAGAUUUUCUCUGCAUGGCACCCAUUUCCUUCUUUGCCAUCUCUGCUGCAUUCAAGGUUCCACUCAUCACGGUCACGAACUCCAAGAUCCUGCUGGUCCUCUUCUUCCCCAUCAACUCCUGUGCCAACCCCUUCCUUUAUGCUAUCUUCACCAAGGCUUUCAGGAAGGACGUGUAUCGGCUUAUGAGCACCUUGGGCUGCUGUAAAAACAAGGCCAGUGUUUAUCGCAUGAAGGCCUACUGCUGUGAAGACGCACUUAAGAGCAACUUGCGAUCCAAAAAUAAAAGAUCCAGUGCAGGCAUGAGGCUGACUGAUAUGUCACAACAGAGCCAUCACCUGAAAGAGGAGCGAGAGCUCACCUGA